UAAUAUUAGUGCAAGAAAUGUGACUCUCUCCAUAAAACCAUACACCCAUUCCGAACACGCAAAAAGGAGAAGCCAAGCCAACCCCAAUUCUAGCUCCAUGUUAAUAUCAAUGGCCGAUAAACUUGAAACGUUUCGAAACCUGUAUGGAAACCAAAUAUCUAGUCAUCUCUCCACCGCUUGUAGAGCUCUGAAGAGAUUGGCUUCAGCAACUGUCUUCCUUUUCUUCAUCCUCCUCGUUGUCGGUGUCUUCAUACUCAGGAUUGACGUUUCUGUUAUUACCAAAAAGCCGAAAAGCUCAAUUGAAUUUCAGCUAAAGUGCCCCAAGAAAGGCAUAGCAAAAACUUGUGAUUCCAAUUACACGGUGCCGUUUGAAACUCCUGCAUUUUCAGAUGCUAAAUGUCCAGAAUACUUCCGGUGGAUCCACGAAGAUCUACGGCCAUGGAAGAGUAGCGGAAUCUCCAGAGAUACGCUGGAAACAGCUAGAAAAUUUACAGAUUUUAGGCUUGUGAUUGUUCAAGGCAAGCUGUAUGUGGAACAAUAUCAAAAGUCGUUUCAGACGAGAGAUUUAUUUACAAUAUGGGGAUUUUUGCAGCUUCUGAGGUUGUACCCUGGCAGGGUACCAGACUUAGAGCUGAUGUUUCGGUGUGGUGACAUACCAAUCAUUCAAAAACGUAACCACCAAGGACCGAAUGCCACGUUGCCUCCACCACUGUUUCAAUAUUGUGGCCACCGCGACGCAUUGGACAUCGUCUUCCCUGAUUGGUCCUUUUGGGGUUGGGCUGAGACAAAUAUAAAACCAUGGGAAAAUACGUUAGAGGGAAUAAUAAAAGGAAGCAAGAAGAUCAAGUGGAAGAAUAGGGUACCCUACGCCUAUUGGAAAGGGAACCCAUACGUGACCUCAAACAGGGGAGACCUUAUGAGGUGCAACGUCGCGGACAAGCAUGAUUGGAAUGCUCGCCUUUAUAGACAGGACUGGGCAAAAGAAAGAAAGGAAGGAUAUAACCAUUCCAAAUUAGAAGACCAAUGCACCCACAGCACUAUUGGCCUGUUAGAAACACAAACAAGUGCAGAGAUAUCAAGUUUGCCGUCGAAUGGGGUAAUAAUCACCCUCGCCAGGCACGAGCCAUUGGGAAGGGAGGAAGCAAAUUUAUUAAGGAAAAUCUGAAAAUGGAGAACGUGUACGAAUACAUGUUUCAUACGUUAACAGAGUAUG